CGCGGUCGUUAUCGCAACGACCGCGGCUGCUCUAUUCCCGUCCGCGAUAACGCGACUGGAAUGGGUCGCGCGGCGACCGGUCCGGCCGGCGACAGGCAGUCUCUCUCGUAUAACGGUCGCCGGACGUACUCUUUGUUAUAGAUAACUUUAUAAUAUUAAAAUAAUAAUAAAGUUCCGUCUUGUACCGAAAGCGACGCAUCAGUUAUUUCAGCCGACACCUACAUUUGGCGCAGUCGGAAAAGGAGUAAGAUGGCAGAACGAGGUAACCCACCACCGACCCGCAACAACCGGCCAUCCCGUGGCAUGAUCGCCACACAUGUGGAGAAGCUCCGGGCGAUGGCCGCGCAGUUGUUGCGGGAAGCCAGGAGGCUGACGGGCGAGGGUCCGGACGACGCGGUCGGAGGUUGGUCAGCCGAACGGGCGGCCACCGCUUCGUUCGGCCGAAUACGGGCAAGCCCAACAGCUUGGGCGUUGUUCGAACGUGGUUUCGCCGAGGGACGACGGUCCACUCGGGAGACCACCCCUCAGGCCGGGGCAAGGACGAGGGCGGGACCGCCAGGCCGAGUGCCACCCCGACGAGCGGUACCGGCGUAUCAACGCCAUGACGUACGGGACCGGCAGGGCCGGUUCCAACGUCAAGGGCAGCAGCCCGCACCGCAGGCACCCCCAUCGGCGGCUCCAGUCCCACAGCAGCCACCGGCCCAGCCGCUACAGCCGCUACAGCCACCAUCGGUCCAGCCAAAGCCACCAACCCCCACACCUCCAACCCAACCAGCUCAACCACCAGUUAUACCUCCAAUCCAGCCGGCCCAACCACCAGCUACACCCGAGGCGCAGCUAGCAGUCGUGGAGCGGUGGAUUGAGGAGAUGGAGGUGACGGCAGAGGCGGACGCGGACAGUUAGGGCCGAGUAGGGUGGUCGCGUUUCGCGGACUUGGGGGGGAGUAUGUCGCGGUCGUUAUCGCAACGACCGCGGCUGCUCUAUUCCCGUCCGCGAUAACGCGACUGGAAUGGGUCGCGCGGCGACCGGUCCGGCCGGCGACAGGCAGUCUCUCUCGUAUAACGGUCGCCGGACGUACUCUUUGUUAUAGAUAACUUUAUAAUAUUAAAAUAAUAAUAAAGUUCCGUCUUGUACCGAAAGCGACGCAUCAGUUAUU